GACUCAGAGAGGGAGAUAAUAUCAACAGGAUCGUCCUCUGCUGUUCUCCAGAGGACCCAUGAGUCCAUCACCGCGCUGAGACAAAUAGUGAGCUCUCCAGGUGUUAGUGAGGAGUUGUACGAGGCGGCACGAAGGGUCCUCCUCUGUCUGGACGCUUUGACCGACCUUCUGUUGACUCCUGCUGAAGAAGACCCUCAGCUGAGGCUGCUACAGCAGGAGUGUGUAGCAACCGAGCUGGCGACUCUGUCUGAGCUGUUGGGUAAAGUGGAGUCAGAGAACAAACCAUUAAAGGAGAAACCAGAAGCUCUGCGCUGUUUGAGCUCCCUUCAGGACGGUCUGCACACGGCCCAGCUGCUCCUCACCUCCUCACCCCAGCUCAUUGAACAUCUGGGACACACACACCAGCAUCAGGAGCCCGCCUCAAACCAGCUGUGUAUUUUGGACGAGUUUGAAGUGGGACAAAGUGAGAUGUUCCCCAGCAUACAGGAUGCUCCCAGCUUAGAGCAGUGUGUGUUGGGCCGACAUCUGAGGGAGAGUCUGGGGGAAAAAGUGAAGCUGCAGCAAGCUUCCCGCUCCUUGCUUCAGGGGAUAACUCGCCUCCUGGAACUGGGUGAAGAAUGCAUAACAGGAGGGCAGAGGGGCCAGGUUCACAACCGCGGCCAACUUCAAGCGCCCCUCUGCAGAGACAAGAAGCUCCUGCGAGUCCUCAGGUCUCAGUUGGCCUUCGUGCAGCAUCUCUUCCAACGUGAGCCAGGAGCGCUCCGGUGUCAGGAGGAUGAGCGGGUCCAGCUGGUAGUCAGAGCCACAGCUUUGCAGCAUCAGGCUCUGGAACAGGAAGUGGCCUCUCAAAGGAGGACCCAGGAGUGGACCCGGUGGGAGGAUAAUUGUCGCGGACUGGGCGAGCUGCUGGAUGAUGUCGACGUUUUUAUCAGCAGCGGGGAACCAGAGGGAGACGACGAGAGGUUAGCACAGCAGAGACAAGAGGCCUGCCAGCAAACCCAGGUCCAGCUGGAAGAGAGCAGAGCUGUGUUGGGGCUGAUCCUGGAUCAGGGGAAGCGGCUGCAGACCGAGCCACAGUUUGCUGCCUCAGUUUGUCAGGCAGGAGGCGCUCUGGAGCUGCGAUGGCAGAGCGCCUGCAGGCGGACAGAGCAGGAGAGAAAACGCUGCACAGACAUCCAGGACAGCUGGGCCAGAUUCCAGACUGACUUUGCUGCGGUCAGUGAAUGGCUGCUCGGUGCCAACAAACACCAGAAGACCUGGUCCAACCUGGCCGACACCUCAGACCUGAGCCAGGAGUGUGUUCACAACAAUCUCAUCAAGCUCCUGGACUUCUCCAUGGAGAUUGAAGCCGUGUCGGUGCAGAGGGCAUCAGCAGCCAGGAGAGCCAAUCAGCUGCUCCACCUGAGGGAGGCCGACUGCCCCGGGCUGAGGGCCCAGCUCACACAGCUAGAGGGAAGCUGGAGCCAGCUGACCUCUGACCUCUCCAAGAUACAAGACCGGCUGCAGCAGCGUCUGCUGGCAGCAUGGCCGCCGGUGGAGCUGCUCUCUGACCUGGAGGACCGGCUGAAGAAGCUUCAGGCUCAGACGGACCAGGAGAGAGAAACCGUCGCCAAGGCCGAAGACGCUGCUCAGAUCACAAAAAUCCUGCAUCAAUACCGGGAGUUAAAGGCAGGCUUGUUGAACGGGCAGCUCCUUCUGGACUUCCUGUGCCAGUCGGGCCCUCCGGUGCUGGGAGUGGACGUCCGGGCUCUCCGCUCCGAACGCACGAUGUAUGCAGAGAAACUCGGCGCCCUCAGACUGCAGUGGCUGCUCCUUCAGAGAGAGCUGGAGAGCCAGAUUGAUGAAGCUGAACAGAUGCAUCACACUUGUGCAGACAGAGAGAAGCGUCUGCAGCGUCUUCACGGCUGGGUAGAACAGCAGGAAAAAACGCUGAAUCGGUGGAAACAGCCCACCAGUCUGACUCUGGCUCGUGAGGCUCUGCUGAAGUGGGAGGCUGCUGUGAGCAAAGUGAAGGAGGUGGCUGCAGCUUUGCAGGAGUUGAAAGCUACACGAGUUCACGUUGAAAAAGGAGAGGAUCACCCGUGUGAUAUCUCCUUCUCUGACCGGACGGAGAGGGUUCGUCAAGCGUGUGCAGACCUUAAUCAACAGAUGGAGGCUCUGCGGCCGGCCGUACAGCAGAGUGUGGAGCAGUGGAGUUGCUUUGAGAGCGAUCUGAGGGAGGUUUCUCUGCAGACCACCAGGGGGCGCUGUGCUCUGCAGCAUCAGCCUCUCUUCUCACUGAAGCAGGCAGAGGGACACGUGGACUACCUCCAGCAACUCCAGGAGAAGGCCGGAAAAGGAGAAGAGCUUUGGGCAACUGUGGACAAAUCCUAUCAAAUGCUUGUGAAGACUCUUCAUCCUGGAACAACACAGGCGCUGGAUGAUCAAAUGAGAGGAGAGCAAAAACGGUGGAGGGCCGUGGUGCAGGAGUUGGAGGAUGAACACAUGAAGACUGCAGAGACUCUCUCCCUCUGGCAGGAGUUCACUCUCCUCUCUGAUCGCUGCUCCUCUCAGCGGCAAACACUGCAGCUUCAGUGGGAGGAGAUAAGGAGAUCUCCACCUCAGCAGGACACUCAGACAACGCUUCAGUCACUGGAGAAGUUGCGAGAUGCUGCUGAGGAUUUGCAAAGCAGUGUGGGAGAUGUGCUUGCUGAUUCCAAGCCUCUGAUUGGACGUCUGGAGCCUCUGGCCGCACAUUUUAUCCAAUCAGAGACCAGACUGUUGUCACGUGACGUCGUGCUGCUGAGCCAGGCAAUGUCAGGAAAGAAGAAAAGUCUUCAGGAUGAUUUGGACCAAAGGGAACUUUUUCGUAAUCGCCUGGAGGCCAUUGAGAAGCAGACACAGAACACACAACAGAAACUCAAGACAAGCCUUAAAGACCCAGAUUCUGUGAAGCAGGUUCUCCUGGAGCUCAGAGAUGUGUUUCCAUUACUGGUUGACAUCAGGGAGAUGAGUGUUUACCUGAGCCUCAGCGACCAGGAGAGGCAGAGAGUGCACACGCUCAGCAGGCUCUGGGCUGAAAGCAUGACUCACGCUUCGAACAGGAACAGUGAGCUGCAGGCCGUGUGUCAGCGUUCCCAGAGCUUUCAGGAGAAGUGUAAGAACCUGACGUCCCUCAAGAAAAAGCUUGAGGAUGAAUCACUGUCGAAAGAAACCCAACGUUUCUCCAGCCUCCAAGAAAUGCUCACUGUUCAUCAGACGCUUGAAGCAGAAACAACGAUUGGACACCAGCUGCUUCAGGCUCUUCUCUGUGAUGCUGUCGAGUCCAUGGAAAAAGAAACAGGACAGAAAAGAUCUCAACUCAUGGCUCAGGUGACCUGUGUGAGGCAGAGCUGGCUACAGUCCGUGGCUCUGGCUGGAGAGCGCAGGUCCUUUAUAAAAGAACAACUGGGCGAGUGGAGAGUUUACCGUCGUGGCUCCAAACUUUUGUGGAAGCUUCUGAGAGACGUUGGCCCGUUACUGCCCCCUGCUGGACCCGCUGUGUGUUCGCUGCAGCAGCUACGGAGCUGCGCCGACGAUUACCAGUGUGUUGAAGAGGCUCUGGCUCUGCACUCCACCGUGUGCUCCCAGACGCUGGAGGCUGGCAGACGUUUGUGUGAAACCACGACAGAGAGUGAGUGUCAGGCCCUGCAGGACGCCUGGGAUCGAACCGGCACUCUGCUGGAGAGCAGGGGGGGCCUGGUCCGCACAACGCUCCAGAAGUGGUCUCAGUGUCAGGAGAGGCUAACGAGCAUCACGUCUGAACUGGAUGAUCUGAACACGGAGCUGAAACCGCCGCUGGCUGACGACGAGACACACAUUCAGGAGACAGACUUCUCUCUGCAGCGUUUGACCGGUGGAUUUAGAGAAGUGGCCACCAUGAAGACGGACCUGACCCAGUACGUCGCGGCCGGCGACUCUGCUCUGCUGGAGCAGCAGCUGGAACAACUCCAUGUCCAAUGGGAAGAGCUGUGUACCAAGGUAUCUUUGCGCAGACAGGAAAUCGCAGACCGCCUCAAUGCCUGGACCAUCUUCAAUGACAAGAACAAGGAGUUCUGUGAUUGGCUGACUCAGAUGGAGAACAAGGUGUGCCACAGCGGAGAUCUGAGCAUCGAGGAAAUGGUGGAGAAACUGAAGAAGGACUGCAUGGAGGAGAUCAACCUGUUCAGUGAGAAUAAAAGCCACCUGAAGCAGCUGGGGGAGCAGCUGCUGUCGGCCAGCGACGAGGCCAAGCAGACGCAGGUCCACGGCUCGCUGCAGGAGGUCAACCAGCGCUGGCACAACCUCUUCCACAACAUCGAGGCCAGGGUGAAGAAGCUGAAGGAGACUCUGGCGGCGGUGCAGCAGCUGGAUAAGAACAUAAGUAACCUCCGAUCCUGGCUCUGCCGCAUCGAGGCCGAUCUGUCCCGCCCUGUCACCUACAGCGUGUGCCACCACCAGGAGAUCCAGAGGAGGCUGGCCGAGGAGCAGGAGCUGCAGCGGGACAUCGAGCAGCACACGGAGGGCGUAGCGUCGGUGCUCAGUCUGUGUGACGUUCUGCUGCGGGACGAGGACGCUGCCGGGGGCAACGAGGCGGAGAGCGACUCCCUGCAGGAGACCAGCCACAGCCUGGACCAGCGCUGGAGGGCCGUCUGCUCCAUGGCCCUGGACCGGAGGCUCAGGUAG